CCGGGUGGGGACAUUCACGCUUGCUUGCCUUACUUGCCUGCUCGUCGCGCUAGCAAGCAGAGAAAGCAAGCAGGAACUAAUAGAACUAAUAUUCUCGCGUAUAAUAAAGGCGUAUAUCAUAUAUUUUUCAUCAUACAUACGCCCUUAUACUAUUAUAAAUUGAGUUUAUCGGCCGGGAAGGGACAUUCACGGCUUCCUGCUUACUUGCUUGCUUUGCUUGCUUGCUCGCAUAGGAACAAGCAGGAAUGAACCGAGCAGAAAAAUAAUUAUAAUAUUUUGAGGCAACAGUUCCGUCAGCUGUCGAUCUGUCAUAUAUAUAACCAAUAAUCCAGUGACUCAAAUAUUUAACACAAUAAAUUUAUAAAACUAAUAAUAAAAUUACUACAAUAAUUAUUUUGAAUUUAUGAUAAAUAACUAUCAAUUAUCUUCUAAUUAAUUAAUCAUUUGGAAAUUUUAGCAGAAAGGAGAAAAUAAACGCAUAAAUAAGUAAACAAACAACAAUGGAUAACCGUGCGAGCUGUAACAACAACGAGAAUGUUGAUAUGGAAAAUUCACCAGCUGUCAGUGACUAUAAAAGCAUCCAUUCAAGCUGUGGUGAGGAUCCAAUUUUGAUUAGGAACACACUGAUUCGUUUUUAUCAUGGGGAAGGUUAUGGGUAUCAACAAAUUGUGGAUUUCUUAUUGCAUGGUCAUGGCCUUUCAAUAUCUAUACGACAUUUAAAGCGUAUUUUGGUAACAUUGGGUCUCAAGCGGAAAAUGAUGACUGCUUCUCCAGAGCUUGAUGUUCUUCAGGCGAUUCUCAUUGAAUUACAAGGGGCUGGCGAUUGUUUAGGUUAUAAAUCUCUAUGGCUUAGAUUGCAACAAACUUAUGGCUUGAAUAUUCGUCGAGAUCGUGUUUUAGAAAUUCUGCGAGUUGUUGACCCAGAAGGAGUAGAAGGACGGAAAAUACGAAGACUUCGUCGACGACAAUACAUAACACCAGGUCCUAAUUUCUUGUGGCAUCUUGAUGGCUAUGAUAAAUUAAAACCUUAUGGAUUUCCGAUUCAUGGGUGCAUCGAUGGUUGGUCUAGAAAACUUUUGUGGCUCCAAGUUUCAUCUACAAAUAACCACCCUGAUGUUGUAGCCCAUUUUUAUUUGGAUACUGUGCGAAAAUUGGGUUUUGUUCCUCGAGUGAUUCGUUCUGAUCGUGGAACAGAAAAUGGUACAAUUCAAUCUUUACAACAAUGCUUACGAUUUUAUCAUGAUGAUCAAUUAGCUGGAUUAAAUAGUUUCAUACAAGGAAAAAGUACUGCAAAUCAGCGUAUCGAAAGCUUUUGGUCUCAGUUGCGUCGAGCUGGGAUUGACCAUUACAUUUCACUUUUUAAAGACAUGCGUGAUUCUUUUGUUUUUGAUAAUUCAAAUCCAAUUCAUAUUGAAUGCAUAAGAUACUGUUUUGGACCACUGAUCCUCUAUGAACUACAACAAAUACUUGAAGAAUGGAAUAAACAUUCGAUUAGAAAGCAAAAAAAUCGUGAAGGUCCUGUGGGAAAACCAAAUCAUUUAUUUGAGUGUGCACCAGCAUUAGGCUCAAGAAAUUUUAAAAAAGAAAUUAGUUUAAGAGAUGUUGACAUACUUAUACAUAAGCAUACCAUUGAGCCUGCUCUUAUUCGGCCAAGUUUUGUUAAUAUUGUCAACUUAUUACUUCCAGAUUUAAAUCAGGCAACAAAUGACGAAGAAGCCUUUGAAAAUUACAUGCAAAUUCUUGAUGUUAUUGAUAAAUAUCAAAAUAAUACUGACUCAAAUACAGAAGAAUAAUUUUUAAAGUUAUAGAAGUAAUGAAUAAUAAUUUGUGGUUGUUUUUUUUAAACCAUAAAUUUAAAUUAAGAAAUUUUUUUUUUUCAAUUGUAUGAGUUAACAGUUAAUAUUGAUUAUUAUUAAUUAUUUUAGAAUGAAAUUAAACCUGCAAGACAUUUCUGUACUUUAAUGACAACAAAAGCAAAAAAAAAAAAAAGAACAUAAUUUUAGAUAUUUUGUACGACUAUGA